GUUAAAGCAUAUAUCCUUCUAGAUCAGUCUUCCUUUUCCCACUUUCUGAAAAUGUGCAAGGACCUGGGAGUUGACCUUGAACAGGAAAAGUUGAUGAGAAUUCGAACUCUCACUGGAAACACAUACUGCACAAGGUCGGGGGCCAAAAUUAUUGGAAAAGUCCGAGAAAAGUUCAUGUUAAUUGAUGGCAUUAGAGUGACAACAGGCUCCUACAGUUUUACGUGGACAGAUGGGAAGCUGAACAGCAGCAACAUUUUGAUCCUGUCAGGCCCCGCAGUUGCACACUUUGACCUGGAAUUUCGGAUUCUUUAUGCACGGUCAAAGCCUAUCAACCUCAAAGAGUUAUCCAGCUGCAAGAAGAAUAAGGUGUUGGACCAGCUGGUCAGGAUAACAGUAGCUUCCAGAGACUCGACCAGGGAAAACUUCCUGAGAAUGGAGUUUUUGUAUCUUAGAGCAUUUGUAGGGAAUCUAAAAAGGAAGCGAAGCUGGCUGCACGCCUCGAGGGAGGCAGUCUACCUGUCCAACAACGCGAUGCAUGCCUCUCCUCCGCUGACUAAGAGGAACGUCUCUCUGGUUAUGAGGCCACACUGGAUCAUAGAGCGAUGAAGUGCACGAUCACGCGGAGCGAGAAGCCGAACCUCAGGAACCACGUCCAGCCGUCCGUGUCCAGUGCUGUCUUACAGCCCGCUUGUGAGAGCAGCUGGGAAACGCUCCUCGAACAGAGAAAGCGACACUGGGACUGUGGUUCCGUUUGAAGACCAC